UGUGUACACUUGACUUGAGAUGAAAGUGCUUCAAGAUGACAACACAAAAUCUCGGUUGGCAGAGCCAAAGUUGGAAAGGAGAACCAGAUGUCCGUUUUCAUUAGCCAUCAACAACUUCCAGAAUGGCUCACGCUACCAGGACACGCUGCACACGCGGGCUGUCAAGAAUCUGGCAUGUGACUCAAUCAGUUGUCAGGGUUCAUUAAUGACUCCCAAAACAUUGAUUCGGAAUCCCAAACUGGCUCCAACUGCUCACAAUGAGAUACUUCCCCAGGCUAUUGACUUCAUUAACCUGUUAUUCAAGUCCAAAGUAAAUCCCAAAAUUGAGGACCAUCUUGCAAGAUUGGAGACGAUUGUUAUGGAAACUGAUGUCACCGGAACAUAUGAGCUGACAUUGGAAGAACUGUCGUUUGCUGCCAAACAAGCAUGGAGGAAUGCUCCAAGAUGCAUUGGUAGGAUUCAGUGGUCUAAUUUACAGGUUUUCGAUGGCAGAAAGUGCACAACUACUCAGGAAAUGUUUGAUCUGUUGUGCAAGCACUUAAAGUAUGCCACAAAUGGCGGAAACCUAAGGUCGGCAAUUACCAUUUUCCGUCAGAGAAUGACUGGUAGGGGUGAUUUCCGGGUGUGGAACAGUCAGCUGCUGAAAUAUGCAGGGUAUCGAAUGCCCGAUGGAAGUAUCCAGGGAGAUCCCUCCAGUCUGGAAUUCACUCAGAUAUGUAUCCAGCUUGGAUGGAGACCGAAAUAUGGCCUCUUUGACAUGUUGCCUUUGGUAUUGCAAGCCAAUGGAGAGGAUCCAGACUUAUUUGAAAUUCCACUGGAUUGUAUUCUAGAAGUUGCCAUGGAACACCCACAGCAUGAAUGGUUUAAGGACCUUGGACUGAAGUGGUACACUCUUCCAGCAGUUUCUGGUAUGCUGUUAGAAGUAGGCGGACUGGAGUUUUCAGCGUGUCCCUUCAACGGCUGGUACAUGGGCACAGAAAUUGGUGUCAGGGACUUUUGUGACUACCAACGCUAUAACAUUCUCGAGGAGGUUGGCCGCAAGAUGGGCUUACAUACUCAAAGGCUGUCCUCGCUGUGGAAGGACCAGGCAUUGGUGACCAUUAAUGUUGCAGUGAUACACAGUUUUCAGAAAAACAAAGUGACCAUCUCUGACCACCACUCCAUGGCAGAAUCCUUUAUGAAGCACAUGGAGUCGGAGUACCGGCUCCGUGGUGGCUGUCCCGCAGACUGGGUCUGGUUGGUUCCCCCCAUGUCAGGCUCCCUCACGCCUGUCUUCCACCAGGAAAUGGUCAACUACAUCCUCUCUCCAUUUUACUACUACCAGUCUGACCCCUGGAUCAGCCAUAACUGGAGCGAUAAGAAAAAAUUCAUGAUCAGACAGAAGAUCAGCUUCAAAGCCGUGGCCAGGGUAGUCCUCUUGUCCUCAAUCUUCAUGAGGAGAUUCCUGGCCAGCAGGGUGAAGUGCACAGUACUGUUUGCCUCAGAAACUGGAAAUUCACAGACAUUUGCCCUGAAACUCCACACCAUGCUUAAUGGUGCCUUCAACUCCAGGAUGCUUUGCAUGGAAGACUACAACAUCUGUGACAUAGACACAGAAAGCCUCUUGAUUGUGGUAACCAGCACUUUCGGAAACGGAAGCCCUCCUGCAAAUGGAGAGAGUUUUAAGGAGCAGCUCUUCUCCUUGCUGCAUCUUAGCAGACAGUUGAGAUACUGUGUAUUUGGGCUUGGCUCCCGGAUGUACCCCAAGUUUUGCGCCUUCGCUCACACAGUGGAUGACAAGCUAGAAGAGCUGGGCGCUAUGCGGCUAGCUCCCAUUGGAGAAGGGGAUGAGAUGAACGGACAGGAGGAAGCCUUCUUGGCAUGGGCAUCUGUGACUCUCAAGGUUGCCUGUGAAGAGUUCAACAUCCAAAUGCAGCUGAGCUUUAAGCUGCCAGGGGCGGAUCAGCUUUGGGAGUCAUGGGAGCCCAUGAAAUAUCGAGUUUCCCAUGAAAUCAGCCACUUGGACCGCUGUGCAGCACUGGCAGCUGCCCAUUCUAAAACAGUGCUCCCCAUGAAACUGAAAAGAAGACAGGAUCUGCAGAGCUCUCAUUCAAGUCAGUCCACUAUUCUAGUGGAGCUAGAGAUGGAAACAAUGAAUGAUGUCUUGAGCUUCUGUCCUGGUGACCACAUUGGUAUAUGUCCUGGGAAUCCACUACAACAAGUGGCAGGCAUCCUCAAGUUCAUCCCUAAUGCUUCCCUGAUCAACCAGAGCCUUUGUCUGGAAUAUUGCAGUGACUCCUAUUCUGAUAACAAGAGAAACUGGGUCACCUUGGACCGUAUCCCAGCAUGCCCUUUGUCACAGGCUUUAACAUACUUCCUGGAUGUGACCACAACCCCCUCUCAGAAUCUACUCUACAAACUUUCUCAGAUAACAAACCAGGAGGAGCACCGCCAGCGCUUGCUAACUCUGGCGACGGACUUAAAGGAAUAUAUUACAUGGAAGAUGUUCAAGUGUCCCACGUUCCUGGAAGUCCUAGAGGAGUUCCCAACCCUGGAGCCAUCAGAGGCCUUUCUCUACAGCCAGCUACCUUUGCUGAAGCCCCGCCUCUAUUCUAUCAGCUCCUCCCCUGCUCUGAAUCCCAAUGAGAUCCAUGUCACAGUUUCUGUGGUCAACUACCAUACUGAAGAUGGACAGGGUCCUCUUCACCAUGGGGUCUGCAGUACCUGGCUAAACAACAUCAAUGAAGGAGAUAUGGUCCCCUGUUACAUCCAAAGCUCCAGUGGAUUUCAUCUUCCUGCAGAAGCCAGCGCCCCAAUCAUCUUAGUGGGGAAUGGAAGCGGGAUUGCCCCCUUCAGGGGGUUCUGGCAGCAACGACUUUGUGACAUGAAAUGUCCAGGAUUCUCCGGAACUCCGAUGAACCUGGUGUUUGGUUGCCAGACUUCAGAGACUGACCACCUGUACAAAGAGGAGACACUGGACAUGAGAAGACAAGGUGUUCUGAAGAACGUAAUAUCGGCAUACUCGCGUCAGCCAGGACAACCUAAGGUCUACGUGCAGGAUAUCCUGAGGGAGAAGAUGGGCGAAGAGGUGCUGAGAGUUCUGCACCAGCAGGGGGGGCACCUGUACGUGUGUGGGGGGGUGAACAUGGCACAUGGCGUGACCCUCGCGGUGCAAGACAUCCUGUGCAAACAGCUUGGCAUGACCAGCACUCAGGCGGAGGACUACGUGACCCAACUCAAGAUCAAAAAGAAAUACCAUGAAGAUAUAUAUGGAGUCAAGAUUUAGAAAUGGGAUGGCUAUGAGCUGCUGAGGAUUUCAAGGAUGUCACCAAUGACCUUGAUAGCUGUGGAAGACUUGUCGGGACCUGCUGUGUGUCAGUUUCUAAGAGUUUUUGGUAACUGGGUAAGAUCUUGGGUUGCCCUUAAACAUUUUGGAUUAUUAAUAGACUACAUUUAAUUGUUAAUAUUGUUUUUGCGGGGGAUACCUGUGGAUACAUUUUUGGGGGGUUUACUCUUCCAUUUAUGGUGAACUGUCAUCAAACCUUCCUAUUUUCCUUCUACAUCAAUUUUAACUCAUCAAGAUAUUCUGAUUUACUUAUGGAUUUCAUUGGAUUGUUUAAUGAGUUAAGAGACCACUUAAAUUAAAGAGCUGAGGACCCUGUCUUAACGUUCCAUAUAUAAUUUAACAUGUCCUAAAAUAUUUUAUAUUGUCUAUUAAGGAUUUUACAUUUGAUGUUUUAUUUAUAUUUGUUUACACUUGACAAUUGAUCUUGACAUGUUAUGGUGCAAAAAAAUCUAAAUCAAUGUUUGAAAUGUGAGACUUUUGAGAAAAUAAACUUGUUGCAUUGCAGAACUACAGUACAUUGAUGUGUUUCCUAUAGCCCUGAUGUACUGUAUAUCAUUUCCCAUACGGAAACCCUUUGAGAACCAAACUUUGAAUUUGUCUGUUUGUGCCCAGUCUGUCAAUAAAUGUCAGUAACAUUAACAUAAUCAGACAUGAAUCAGAAAUCU